AUGAAUGCCCAUCGAGCCUUUGAUGAUAGGAAAGAUGAUGACACAUAUGAUGCAGACCAGACCGAGCCAGUAGGUGCCUUCAAUGCAAUUGUUAGCUCUAUUUCUGAGGCCUUAGCGGGAACGAGUGCUGGCAUCCACAAGAAGAAGGACUCCUGCCCAAGCACCAAGAAAGGGAAAAAUAAGGCGGAGAAGAAGAAUCCUCCUAAACAAGAGAGGACCUUAAUGUUCGUUGAGAUGAAUGUAAAUGGUAAGCCCAUUCGGGCAAUGAUAGACACGGGUGCUGCCCAUAACUACUUAGCCUCGACUCUGGUGGAGCGCCUUGGUCUAGUUGUCGAAAAGGGCAGAGAUGUAGAACGCUCCUCGGGUCCCAUUCCUGAGCCCGUGAAGGAGCUACUACUAGAGUUUGAAGAUGUCAUGCAAAAAGACAUGCCAAAGAGACUACCGCCUAGGCACACUGUGGACCAUGAAAUUGAGCUGGUGCCGGGUGCGAAGCCACCCGCCCGGUCACCUUACAGAAUGUCACAACCCAAACUCACUGAGUUUCUGGGACAAUUGAUGGAAAUGCUAGACACAGGGAUCAUCGUUCUCUCCAAAUCCCCAUACGGGUCCCCUGUGCUAUUCCAAAAGAAAUAUGAUGGCAGUCUACGACUCUGUGUGUACUAUCGGGCUCUAAACAAAAUUACUGUGAAGAACUAG